AUGCCCGCACCUACCGCCCUCCAGAGAGCUGCCCCCGAGGACAUUGCUCAAAACUUGCACGAAACUCCCGUCGCUGCUAACGAUGAGGACGACGAGAUGCUCAUCAGCACUACCGAUGCCCCUGCUGUCCAGACUACCGCCCAACCUUCAGAAGACACAGCCAUGACCGUCGACUCACAACCACUUUUCGCUGCCGAGAAGGCCACCAACGCUCACGUCCGUUCCGAAUCGCGCAAGGUCGCCGUGCCGCCUCACCGCUGGACUCCUCUGAAGAAUGCCUGGCCCAAGGUCUACCCUCCUCUGGUCGAACACCUCAAAUUGCAAUGCAGAGUCAACACCAAGAACAAGAACGUCGAGCUUCGCACAAGCAGAUUCACCGAUGACACUGGAGCACUGCAGAAGGGCGCAGACUUUAUCCACGCUUUCUGCCUAGGAUUUGACUUGGACGACGCCAUUGCACUGCUGCGUCUGGAUGAUCUGUACAUUGAGACUUUCGAGAUCAAGGAUGUCAAGACGCUUCAGGGCGAACAUCUGGGCAGAGCUAUUGGCAGUAUGANNAUUGCUGGAAAGGACGGAAAGACUAAGCACGCUAUUGAGAAUGCAAGCAAAACUCGUGUAGUGCUCGCAGACUCAAAAAUUCACAUUCUGGGUGGUAUGUUACUUCGAGCGAGUUUGUUCUCGCAAGACACUGACGAUUUGCGCANNGGAUUCAAGAAUAUCCACAUGGCCCGUACCGCGAUUGUCUCCCUCAUUCUUGGUAGCCCGCCAGCCAAGGUCUACGGUAACCUCAGAACCGUCGCCUCGAGAAUGAAGGAGCGCUUCUAA